AUGUUAGAUUACAAAUUAGAGUAUAAAGCUGAACUGGUAAAUGGAUUACCAGUCUUAUAUUGUAAAUUUGGUAAUGACCAAGACUGGAACAAUAUCACACAUUUAAGAUGUGACAUUGAGAAAUUAUCAUUUACCAAUUUGCAUCGAAAGAAAUUUACUCAUUUAAACUGUAAUAAUCAGUUGAAAGAUCUACUGUUCACUAUUACGUUUAAUUGUGCUUGUUCGAACGUAAUCUACAAAGACCAAUUACUCUGGAGUUACUGGGUAAACCCAUUAUAUGGAUAUCCCAUUAAACUACUUUUUAAUCUUAAAAGUAAUACCCUAACACUAUUAUUCAAACAAAACAAACUCAUAUCUCUAGACAUCCAAUUAUUUAACUCAGCAAAUAGUGUGACCGAUGUGGAUGAUGGUAUAUUGGAGAUUGAGAAUGGGUUUGUGGAGAUGAUAGAGAAGGAUAGGUAUGUAAACAGUGUAGAGACGACCUUGGGUUUAGCAUGGCAAAGGGAUCCUGGGGAACCGUUCCCAACCUCAGUGAUAUAUCAAGGGAAUAAUAGAGUAAUAUUGGUAUGUGCGCGUCAAUUCAUAACUUGCACAUUUAACGGUGUUCAAUGGACCAAAAACACUACUAAAACACUUUAA